UUGGAAGUUGGACAGUUUCCUUUUGGAAAGAAUGAAAAGUACACAUGGAGUGUUGUUAAUUUCUGAUAUAAAUAUUUAAUUUACUUGAUGUACUUGCUAAACUUACUUAAUGUAGCAUUAAAUUACAUUAGUAAGACAAAUACAAUAAGUGGGAGUGUUAAUUAAAAUCAAGAAAUGGCGAGCUUUACCAAAGGUUUAUUUUCAACUUUUCGAUCGUGGAUUCCUCAAGUAACGACUGUUCGUCACAGAUAUUAUGCAGAAAAAAUUGCAAAGGGUCCUCUGAUUAAAAGAUAUGGUUAUUCUGAAAGAAUUGACAUGACAGGUCUUUUGGCUCGAGAAAGUACAGAGCGUGUUAAGCCGAUGCCUGUAUUUCGACCAAAAGAUGCUUGGUGCCAGCAUAGAGCACUUUUUGGGCAAAACGAUUAUAUUGACAUACUGGGAAAUGAAGCAUUACAUCCUACAAGAAUUUUAUAUAAUAUUCCCUCUUGGUUACGAGGUGUAAGCGGAAAUGAAUAUCAAGUGCUGUUACGAAAGAGAAAUUUAUGGAAACGUGGUAUUUUCCCAUUGAAAAGGCCUACCAAGUGGAAAGAAUUGCAGAAAAGAAUCAAAUAUUUGUACAUAUUUUUAAACAGAAAAACAAAGGUUGGAACGUGGAGGAAACAUUAAACUGAAUGAAAAAGAAUUCCUCCUGCAUCACGUACGAUGGAGUCGCUGCCGUGAGAGGAUCAUCGGCCAGACUUCGACUACCUUUUCGCGCGUGGGUCAAUCUUACGGAAGAUCCUGUAAUGCAGUGGGACAAAUGCAAAUCACCAGCAC